ACGGAGGGGCUGUGACAUGUGCUCGAGACAGGCAGCGCAGGGCCGCGCGGUAUAAAGGAGGGGCUCGCGCCGCACCUCGUCGAAAGAAAAAAAAAACUCCCGCUUCUCCGCUCAUUCCUCUCCUCUCGACGCCGCGUGGAGGUUCCCGCUCACCCCGACACGAAGAUCCGGACGACGAGAAGCGGCUCGUCCCGGUGCUCCCGCGGUUAAUGUCCGUCGCACCGGGAGAACUUCCCCCGAGUCGGGCUCUUUACUCUCGGCGGGCGGACGAAGAAAAAACCGGUUCACUUUGCUUUGAGGCGGCGGGAGAGAAAAUGCGCGACGCAGGCGACGGACUCCCCCGGCGGAGCGGGGUCCGGGCCUGGGUCGGGUGGAGUAGGACGACCCAGUGGAGCGGAGUCCGGGCCCCGGUCGGUGGAGUCGGACGACCCGGUAGAGGACGGGCUUAAGGCUCACCCGAACCUCGGGCAGUGAGAUCAACCAGAUCCCCAACAAGUACAGCCAGGCCGAGUCCACCAAGUUCAUGGUGCUGACGGUGGUGUCCCUGCUGUGCACGGCCGCCGUGCCACUGGCCUCCACCGUGGUGUACUGCCUGCGCCACCGCUCCCACCACAGGCUGAAGCAGAAUUUCAGCAGCCUGGGCGGCAACGCGCCCGGCGACGCCACCUCCACCUACCAGGAGCUGUGUCGUCAGCGCAUGGCGGUGAAGCCCCCCUCGGAGCCCCUCUCCUCCCGCAUCACCAGCGUCUCCUCCCAGUUCAGUGAAGGAGGAGGAGGAGGCGGGGCGGCGGUCAGUCCCUCCGCCCGCGGCAGCACUUCCUCCUGGGGCGAGGAACCCUCCCACUCCAACAUGGACAUCUCCACCGGUCACAUGAUCCUGGUAGGCCCUGCCCCCUCCCCCAGCCAAUCAAAGGCCUCCUCUUGUGUUGCCGUGGCAACGUGUCCUCCCUAUUUCCUUCACCCGAGGUGAUGCUGGGCACAUGACUGUAGCACUGCGUAGCAUUAGCAAUUAACUAAUAAUCAUACCAUUACUAAGACAAGAUGGAAGUCCAUAUAUGGAGAGGGAAGUCCAUAUAUGGAGAGAAAAAUCCCUUGAUGUAAAGGGAAGCCUGUAUGUGGAGAGGGAAGUCCAUAUAUGGAGAGGGAAGUCCCUUGAUGUGAAGGGAAGUCCAUAUUAGAGAGGGAAGUCCCAUGGUGGAAAGGGAAGUCCAUUUAUGGAGAGGGAAGUCCCUUUUAUUUUAAGUAUGUUCUACUCCAGAGCUGUUAUUUCUCUAAAUAAUGCAGAAUUAUAAAUGAUUACACUAUCAUACCAAUCUGACCUUUAACAUUGGCUGACAUUUAUAUAUAUAUCAGGGAUGGGCGUGAGGAAUCGAUUACUCGAGUACUCCUCGUUACAAAUGAACUCGGUUGGUGGACAGGCAAACUCGAGUUUGCAUAUACACACACAAACAAAGUUUUCUGAAGCAAAUGUAUCAAUUUUCUGUGCGGCGCCACACAAAGCAAAUUAAAUGUAUCAAAUUUCUGUGUGCCGUGUGCAGGCACGCCAGAAUUCAAAAAGUUAAGAGAUGGCGGUUAAAGCAAAGCGCAGCGAAGAAUUUAAAUACUUUAAAUAAAUAGGAGAUCAUAAGGUGAAAUGUAAAAUAUGCCAAGCGAAAUCGAGCUACCAGAGUACUACAAGUAUUAUGCAACAUAUGCUCCUGAAACACUACGGUGAGUUCGGGAAAGCAGACCCGCAGCAACCAAGUGUGUCGGCUAUUUUCACCGCCGCAAGACGCAGCUUUAAUCCCGGCCGUGUAGAGAAGAUCACAACGUUGAGUAUUUCCAUAGUCCAUUUGCUGCCGUUUUAUUUGCAGCUGUAAAUUAUUUGCAAUGGUUAGGCUACUUGUUUCGUUUUUGUUUUUUUUAAACCGUUACAGGCCUUGGUUCGACGUGAUUUAAAUUGUGAGACGCAUAUUUAUUUUUGUAAGGAAAAUGUGUUCUGAACGUUUGCAAAAAUAAAUAAUGAAUACUCUGAUAACUCUGACUGUUUUGAUGGAGAAUAAGCAUUUCAUGUUUGGUUGUUAAUAUUGCCGUUCAUCAUUAGGCCUAUUCCUGCUGCAGAUCCGUUGCAUUCUAAAAAUAGAUUUGAUUAAACAAGUACUCGAUUGAUUCUCGAGGAAUUCCUUCGAUCACUCGAGUUUGGAAUUUACUACUCGUGCCCAUCCCUAAUAUAGGCCUAUAUAUAAUAUAUAUAUUCUUAAACAUUCUAUGUAAUAUUUUUUUUUUUUUACUUUUUUUUUAAAAACACUUAUUUUGAGAGCCUCAACCACAAUUUCGUUGCACUUUGUGCAAUGACAAUAAAUAGAUUCUGAUUUUGAUUCUGAUUCUGAAAUGUCAUCCAUAGAUUUAGAAUGAAGCCUAUUCAUGGAGAGAGGUUGUAUGUUGGUAAAUCCUGCUAAUAUUGAAGUGUUAAUGUGAUAACGUCUAAUGUAAAGAAAUAAUGGAAACCUUUUCCAUUAAUUCAGGAAAAUACUUGAUUGGUCUAUAUGAUAAGAUCAGAUGAUAGGAUAGCAUCAGGUACUAGCAACAGGCGAUAGCAGCAGGCGAUAGCGUCAGGCGAUAGGAUAGCAUCAGGUGCUAGCAUCAGAAAAUAGCAUCAGGCGAUAAGAUCAGACGAUAGGAUGGCAUCAGGGGCUAGCAUCAGAAAGUAGCAUCAGGCGAUAAGAUCAGACGAUAGGAUAGCAUCAGGGGCUAGCAUCAGAAAGUAGCAUCAGGCGAUAAGAUCAGACGAUAGGAUAGCAUCAGGUGCUAGCGUUAGGCGAUUGCGUCAGGUCCUCUUUACUCCUGGGGAAAAUAGUACCCUAUUUAGUCCUCUUGUGUUAACAUUGUCUGUAAAGACUGCCAAUAGUGCUGCUUAUAGAACACUCAGACUGUUGUAUCGUUUGACGACAAGCUGACAGUAUGCUUUAACAGAUAAAUGCUCCUACCUCCUCGGCUUCAUACAGAAGAUGGUGGUUUCAAGGGAGGGAAAAGGGCUUUUUCUGUCUCUCUUUCUCUGUCUGUCUGUAUGUCUCUGUCUCUCCCUGUCUCUCUGUCUCUAUCUUUCUCUCGGUAAAGAAAGUCAUUUUUCCUCUAUUCUUCAAUGGCAUUUAUUUCCUACACACACACACCCACACACCCAGGCACACAUUCACACAAACACACACCCACUCACACACAAACACAAACAGACAUACACACACCCGCACACACACACACACACUCACUCACACACAAACGCACACACACACACACCCCUGGGCGCCAUACACCCACACUCACACACACAAACACACAGCUCCCUGCAUGCUCUACCCAGCUGCCGGCAGGAUGCGACAGAGCAGAGCAUCUUUUGCUCUGCAUCUUUUUGACACAGAGAUACUAGUUACCCCUGAGACCUGCUGCAUGCAGCACCACCAUGCAGCACCAUGCAGCACCAUGCACCACCAUGCAGCACCAUGCAGUACCAUGCACCACCAUGCACCACCAUGUACCAUGAACCACCAUGCAGCACCAUGCAGCACCAUGCACCACCAUGCAGCACCAUGCAACACCAUGCAACACCAUGCAACACCAUGCAGCACCAAUACAACAGCAGUACUAUACAGAACCAUGCAGUAGCAGUACAACAUGCAGUACUAUACAGAACCAUGCAGUAGCAGUACAACAUGCAGUACUUUAUGCAUAAAUACUUAUUUGGGCUUGAUUCGCCUUCAGAGAUCACAUGUGUCUGGCUCCUGGGCCAGCAUGAAUCCAGCACUCUGGACAGCUCCCACCACUGACUACAGUACACCAGAAAGGCCAUUGGUUCAGACCUCAGUCCCCUAGAGCUGAUUGGUUAGGCGUCUCCCCUAGCAGGAAGGAACGACCACAUAUGGAUUUAUUUCCCACAUGGUGGAUGAAGGUUUAAGGUGACCAGGUUCAUGGUGGCAGAGAAACAGGGAUGUAUCUUCAUAUCCCCUCUGCUAAUUUCUUCUCUAAAUUCACCUCUUUUAGCACUUUCCAUUAUUCAUUAGUCAUUAGAGAUAAUUAUGUUAGCAUGAAAUUCCAUAUUAAUAAUUAGAUUUCAGAUAAUAUUGCUAAUUUGCUGGGUCCUCUCUACCUUUAUUGCCUUCCUUUCCUUCCUUAUUCCAUCCUUCCUGCCUCCCAACCCUCCCCCCUUGGCCAGGAAUAGCGCUAUACUCCACACUCUGGAUGAAGGCUGUGAAACACUCUCUUUACCGCCCACUGUAACCCGGGAACCUUUCUGAUCGAUGUCCAACCGCUGAUUCCUCUGAUGCUAACUGUGGCUAGCUACUUCAGGUUUUCAAUCAAACAGAACAAACCCAUGGCAUGAAUGGGAGCCUUCCUCUAACCAGUCGACUAGUCACUGUAGAGAAGCUAACUUCAUAGCAGCUAACUUUAGAGGAGCUAACUCCAUAGCAGCUAACUGUAGAGGAGCUAACUCCAUAGCAGCCAACUCUAGAGCUAACUACAUAUCAGCUAAGUCUAGAGAAGCUAUCUAGCAGCUAACCCUCCUGGCAUCGUCAGCUUCCUCGACCCUGAAUGGCCCUCGUAGAGCACAGUGAAUCCUGUCUCCUUUUCCCCAUGCCGUUCUGCUUUCACUAUCACUGAUUGAAUGCAUUACCCCCCUCCUGGGGACUUAAGGGUGUGUCCCCCUAGCUUCCUAUCUCUCCUUCUCUAUCUGUCCUUCGCUGCUUCUGUUUUAAGCGGAUUAAACAGCUCCCUAGAAAGCACAUUGUCCUUCUUUUGUUGUGGGACUGGUAAAUGUUCCAGAUUAUUCUCAAGAGCAGCAGCCAGAUUAACAUUUUAUAUACUGAAUUUAAAGGAAUUUAGAUUAGACAGACAUUGAAGACCUGCCCUUAAAGACCUGUCCUUAAAGUCCUUAAGGACCUGCCCUUAAAGAGCUGCCCUUAGAUACUUGUCCUAAAUUCCAUUAAGACCUGUCCUUAACGACCUGCAAUGAAAGAACUGCCCUUAUAGACCUGUCCUUAAAAACCUGCCCCUAAAGACCUGCCCUUAAAGACCUGCCCUUAUAGACCUGUCCUUAAAGACCUGCCCUUAAAGACCUGCCCUUAAAGACCUGCCCUUAAAGACCUGCCCUUAUAGACCUGUCCUUAAAGACCUGCCCUUAAAGACCUGCCCUUAAAGACCUGCCCUUAAAGACCUGCCCUUAUAGACCUGUCCUUAAAGACCUGCCCUUAAAGACCUGGCCUUAAAGACCUGCCAUAUACCUCUGUCAUAUACCUCUGUCAACAUCUAUACACAAACCACCAUUACCCCCCUAAACAUCUUCAUCAUCAUCAUCAUCACUCCCCGGCCCCAGACUCCAUGUUGUGUCGCUGGGAGACCCAGCGGAGCCACAAUGGCGGCCCCUUGGGGUCGUUCGCACAACCUAGGGGGGCGCUGGGAAUGUGAUUAUUUUUUUUAUAUUUUUUUUGGGUGAAAAAAAAGGCUACCUGAAAUAAAUAGCCUAUUUUCAUUUGUUGGUUUCUAACCCAUCUACCGUCUCAGCUACUUUUUACAGUCUAUGCCCAGUGUAACAGGGGUCAUACAGCGCGGUUCGGUCCUGCACACGCCGGACUCCCGUUACAUCAGCUAUCGUCAUGAUCUCUAUCCCUGAUAACCAUAACCAAGUUCGCAGCUUAACAGUUCAAUAACCAACACAACACAAUCCAACAUGGGCGAUAGCAAAAAAACAACUCAUUUUGUUUCAGCCCGUUUUCCUCCUUCCUCCUCUUGCUAGGU